CCAUAUCUUUUCCAGUUACUGUACAACUUAAUAUCUUCAAGUAUUUUGGGUUCAUAAUUUCAUAGACAUAGUGCUCCGUAGUAUAUAAUAGUAUGUAACAACGAACCCUUUAAGCUACUACGCACAUUAUUACUAAGAGCUAAUCUUAGAGAAAGAAAGAAAGAUGGUGAACAUAGUGAGUUGUUACAUGUCUAUGUUACACAAAAUGAUGAAGUUAGUAGGAAUGCAAUCCAUAGAAGUCGAUAUUAACCCAGAAACAACUAUUCGUUUCUGGGUUAAUACCUCGAACAAGAAGAAUAAGAAGAAGAAUAAGGAAAAAAAACCAUCGGUGGUACUAAUCCAUGGAUUUGCUGGUGAUGGUUUACUAACAUGGCAAUUCCAAAUUUUAGCCCUAAGAAAAAAAUACACCCUUUAUGUUCCUGACCUUCUUUUCUUUGGUGGGUCCCACUCAACUAACAAAACUGAGAGAUCUACAAAGUUUCAAGCUGAGUGUCUUGCAUUAGGGUUAAGGAAGUUGGGUGUUGAGGAAAAAUGUGUUGUGGUUGGGUUCAGUUACGGUGGGUUUGUUGGGUUCCAAAUGGCUCAACACUACCCUAACUUGGUGGGUUCAUUGGUGGUUAGCGGCUCGGUUGCUGCCUUGUCUGAGUCUAUAAGUAGUGGUUGCUUGGAGAGAAUAGGAUUUGCUUCUUGGACUGAUUUUUUGAUGCCUGAUUCUGCUCAAGGUGCUAAGGUUCUUCUUGAUGUUGGUUCUUAUGACUUGCCUUGGAUGCCUGAUUUUUUCUACAAACACUAUUGUCAGAUCAUGUUUAGCAAUAGAAAGGAGAGAGUUGAACUACUAGAUGCUCUUGUGGUCAAAGAUGAAGAUGCCUAUAAUCAUCAAUUUCAACAGAAAAUACACCUAUUAUGGGGCAGUGAGGACAAAGUUUUCAACAUGGAAGUGGUAAACAGCCUCAAAAAAAAAUUGGGAUCAAAGACAGAGCUACAAGUUAUAGAGAAUGCUGGUCACCUAGUUUUGUUGGAAAGGCCAAUCGCCUUCAACAAAUGUCUCAUCAAAAUUCUAGCCUCCCUCACUAAUUAAUUAAUUAAUGGCUUAAUGCCUUGCUAAUGUAUUUGUUUGUGAACCGUUAAUUUGUUCUCAUCUUUAAACAUUAGUAGCGUACCUAAAGCUAUUUAAUUUAAGAAACCCCGAUUAUUCUUUCAGAAUUAUAGGUAUGAUCUUUAUUUUACUAUCUCUUAUGGGCACAAAUAUAAUGCUUAUUUUUUGAAAUAUUCAUAAUAUGAAUGUAUGAUGGAUGACAAACGUAUGGCAUGUAUUUUUUACAUUAUGCAUAAGCUAAGGUCGCAAUAUCAAGUCCAGAAGUGUUGUCCUA